CCCAUCAUGACCAGGUGAGAUGUCUUUUAUACAAGGUGCAAAUAAAAAGUCAUUCUAGAUCGAUAGUUUGAAAUCAACACGUCAUUAUCCAUCAGGGAGUAAACAAAAGCAUCAAGAUGACGGCUUGUAGAUUUCAACAACCAUGUGUGCUUGUCAUUUUGAGGACGACCCGUCACCGUCCCAGUUUCGAUUAGAUAUAGAUAACUAUUACCAGUUAGCUGAAGCCAUGGGGGACAGGAGACAUUCGGGGGAUGAUGAAAUCCCCAUCCAGGUGGUAGCAGGUGAGGAGGAGGACGUUUAUGGUCAACUUGCACAAAAAGAAAGGGAUUUGGUUUUGGCUGCUGAAUUAGGAAAAGCUCUGUUAGAAAGAAAUGAUGAACUAGAGAGAAGGAAUGAACAAAUAGCAGAUGAAUUUGCUCAUAAGAUAGAGGAACUUCAACAGGAAAAAUAUGAACUUCAUUUGAAACUUGAAAAAACAGAGGUAGAAUAUGAAAAUACGAUUAAGGAAUUACAGUAUGACAUUUCUCAAUUACGACACGAACUUCAGACACAGCAACAUUAUAGCGACAAUGGAGAUAAAGCUGCCACCGAGAAAAUAAGGGAGCUAACUGUGCAAAAUGAACGAUUAAAGGAGGAAAUACGUCAGUCUUCAGUUCAUGAAGAAGGUCUUGUGGUUGAAAUGCAGGGUUUACGUGAACAAAUGUUGUGCCGGAAAUCGUCCAUGCAUUUUCAUAUUAGUCAGUUGGAAGUUUUACAGGAAGAGAUAAACUUGCUGAGUAAAAGAAAAUGUGAGCUUGAGAAAAGGAUUACCUUGGUGACAGAGGAAAGAGAUGGGUUGGCAUCAAGUCACGAAGAAGUUCAGGAGAGAAUAUUAAUGUUAGAGAGAACAAAGAGAGAAACAGAACAGAAGGUACAAAAUAGAGAAAGAGACAUCAUUGAACUCCAGGAAACAAAUUUACAGCUCCAGGCUCAGAUUCAUCACCUUGCAUCAAGGUCAUCUGCUCACUCCUCCCCCAUUAGUAGUCACAACCAAUCACAAACCUUGUUUAAUGAACUGUCACAACUAUCACCUAGCAACCAUGAAUCCCAACCCUUGACGAAUGAACUUUGUCAAAUGUCACCUUCAACACCACCUCCUGAUUUUACAUCUCAGUAUUCGUCAGAUUAUCCCAUGUCUUUAGCUGAGAUGAUGGAAGAAGAUGAAUUUGAGUGUGAUGAUGAGGAUGUUUCUAAUGUUCAUAGAUCACAUGACCUGCUGACAGAAUUCACCGAGCCUCAAGCUUUAACAGACUCACAGUUUUUAUCUGAUUUUCAAGAUGCUUCCCAAGAUUACUGCACUGAUUAUGAGCUGAAAGAAGAAUUAGUGAAUGUUUAUUCCCAUUUGAAACAAUUGUGUAAAGACUGUGGGAAACCAGUAGACAAGUAUCCAGGUGGUUACAAAGUGGGUAUCUUAUCUCCCUUGUUACAAGAUCUCAGAGAAGUCAUGCAGAACAUGAUCACACAUAAAUCUCAUUUUGCAUGUACUGAAGUCCAAACAAACUUAUCAGAUGAUGAGGAAACCAUGGUUACAUUACAUAAACAAAUUGGUGAACUUAGAAUUGAUCUAGUGGAGGCUCAAAAUGACCUUGACAGGGUCAAAACUGAACUAUCUGAACGUGAUUCCAAAUUGAAGACGAAAACAGAAGAGUUGAGUCAUCUGACCAACAAGGUAAAGAUUUCCAUACUUGAGCUGACAUUACAACAUGAGGAACUGUCUAGAUUACAAGCUGAAAGAGACAGACUUCAGGAUAACACCAGGAGUCUAAGUUCAGACAACCUCCUACAGGAGGCCAGAAAUGAUAGAGAUAUGGCUAUAGAAAAGCAGAAUAAAACAGAAGUGGAAUUAGCCAAGUCAAAACUGGAUAUAUUAUCAAUGAAUGAGCAACUAAUGGAGGCCAUUCAGCAAAAAGUAGCUUUGUCACAAGAACUUGAUCAAUGGCAGGUCUUCUUUUUUCAGGUUGACAUGCAGGAUUUAUUAGAUUUCCAGUUGAAAGAAAGAAUAAAGGAACAAUCAGUGAAAGAACAAGUUUUAGAACAAUUGAAAAAACACAUUUCAAUGAGAAAAUCAAAGUCUACAUCAUUUCUUUCACGGACAAAGCCUUCAUAGCAUCAAUCACAUUUAAGAAAAAAAGUUGUGAUUGGCUAACAACAUUCUAAACAAUGGAAAUUCGACCAAUAAUAUGAAGUUAUUUUCAUUUUGGGGAAUAACAUUUAAGAAAUAAACAGUGUGAUUGGCUAAUAACGUUCUAAACAAUGGAAAUUCAACCAAUGAUGUGAAGUUAUUUUCAUUUUGGGGAAUCACAUUUAAGAAAAAAACUGUGAUUGGCUAACAACAUUCUAAACAUGGGAAAUUUAACCAAUGAUAUGAAGUUAUUUUCAUUUUGGGACACAAAUGAUAAAAUGACCCAAAAUCACAAAUUAUUUUUUCUGGAAAAAUAUGGUCACAAAAAAAUGAAUUAGGAAUUACUUUGUAUAUUAAUGAGAUCCAGUUGCUUCUGAAUUUAAUAAGACAAAUAGGGCACAUCAAGCUGGGAAACAUCUUUCGAUGAAAACAUAGGGCAUAUCCAUUUAAAAAUGUCUCAGUUGCAACUGUAUCCUGUAAAACAAGCUUUGAAAUUACCAGACUAAUUUCCAGAUCACUGUAAAAACAACCGCAUUCUAAGUUAAUACAGUAUUUAUAUUUUUUACAACUGGUUUCUGUUUCCUGAUAGACCUAUCCCCUGUCUACCUCUUUUCCAUAGUCUAUGAAAAAUUAAUAGUUAGUCAGAAUGUUAAGAAAAAAAUUAACAAUUGAGAUAACUACCAGUACUUUUGCCAAAUGUUGAAUUUUACUAGUCUUAAGAGUCCUGUAUUCUAGUCAUAAACAUUGUCAAUGUUUGAAACCAAGCUCAAUGUCCUUCUUUGUAAAACAGCUCUGCCACACUGGAAGAUAAUAUUCCUUAUUUACCACAGUUACAAUGGUAACUGAGGAAAGAUGAUUGAUGUUCAGGUAUGAACUUAAAAUAAUCCAAGAUGUCCAACAUAUCUAUAUGGUAUAAAUAGUAUGAUAAAAAGCUCAAGCCUCGGUUUCAGAAAUAGAAAAAACAUAUUUUAUUUGAUAAUUUUAUAAGUUGUCACCCAUUAAUUAAAUUUGCAGAAAAAACGAAAAGGGUGAAUAAUUGAAAGUGAGAUAGGCUCAAGAAUAUUUUUAUGCAAAAGUAAAAAUAUUACUUUGCAAUAUUGAAAAAUAAGUAUGAAAUCUCAGUGUCAAUAAAAAAAAGGCUUGAGUGUUUUUGUAUAAAAUAUGAUUUCUAAAAGAUAUCCAAAUUACUUAUGUGAGGUAACUCUUUACCAAUUUUGAAUUAUGAAAUUAAGGAAUCAUAAUUGAAGAAAAUACUUGUCUUUCAUAAUGCAUAAUCAGAUAGGAAUGUAAAAAAGAAGAUUGGUAAUAACUUGUUAUGAUGCCAAAACUGAUACCAGUGUAAAUCUCCUCUUUCCUGUUGUAAGGGGAGAUAAUUAUGAUAUAUUAUACUGCUUUGAGAAUUACUCGGGUAUUCAUGUAAAAUGUGCAAUGUUUGUAAUAUUGACAAAGCCAUGUAAACAUUUUAAGUUUGAUGUUAGAUAAUUCUUAAAAUAUUGUUAUUUGAUUCAAGUAUGGUAUAAUUGAGACUUAAUUUGUCCAUAUUUUGAUGAAGUAAAGUAAAAAAAACAAAAGAAUAAAUAAUAAAUUGAAAGAUGUCUAGAACUCAUUUUUAGAGUGUAGAAACAUCAAAUGGAAAUUAAUAUUAGAUUUUUUUUUCAUACUGAUUCAAAUACUCUUUAUUUUUAUAGAAUUGAAAAAUUAGAUUUGUUUUAAAAAUGUUUAAAAUGAACUAAACUUAAAUUGUCUUUACAUGGUUUUAUUAAUAGCUUUAUUAUACAUGAGUAUAAAUCAUGUUUUUUAACGGUGCUUAGAGCAAUUUCUUGCUUACAGUGUAUAUUCAUGUUCUAUUUAUUUUUCCCUCUUGUUGACAUAAUAACGUUAUUGACAGAGAUUGGAUGAAGAUAUUGCAUGUAUUGUGUAUUUCCAUAAUUACAAAAUUUUAUGUUAACAAUAAAUAGAUUUUAUUGCUAUUUUAUGAAAUUUUCCUUUGAUCUUACUGACUGAUAAUUUCCUUUCUCAGCACAGUAGAGUGAUAUGAAAAAUUAUUGCUAGAAACUAAGGGUGUAGUGCCGUUGUCAAUGUAAAUAUCAACGUCGUUGUAGGCAAAAUAGCGAUAAACAGAUUAUCAUUGGUCAUCUCAACUCAAUUGCUUUUCUCACUUUCGCCGUACUGGCUCAAGCGAGAAAAUCAAUCUCGUUGAGAUGACCAACAAUAAUCUAUAAAUAUCAAUGUAAAAAAAAAAAAAAAACGGAUACGAAAAAAAUAAAAAAAUAGAUACAUAAUAUGGCUAGUCCUCAACCUUCCAUUUCCCUUUUAUACAAAAAAAAGACUAGAAAAUGAAGAAUGCAAAAAAAAAAUCAAAUUAGAAGAAAAACAAGAGAGAAAAAAAUAGGAUGAGAAUGAAAUUAAUGAAUAGUAAAACAGGAAAAUUUUAUACAAAAUAUCUUCAUCCAAACUGUAUCAUAGCUGUAUUUGUGGUUACACAAGUUUUGUUACAUAGGAACAGACAAAUGUACAUUGUAAUGUAUUAUGUCCUGUUUGGUUAUUAGUUGUAUCCUUCACAAUUAAAUUAUUCUGAAUUCUAGGAAAUCAGGAAGUAAUUUUGCUUCGAGUGGUCCACUUUUUGAAAUUUAUCACUAACAUUACAAUUAAAUUUAUAUCAAUCUCAAUGCGGUCGUGUUCAACAAAUCUAAUUUUUUUUUAUGGAAGUUUGACUGUCUAAAUUUUGAUAUAAAAAUUUAAGUUUCUGGAUGCAAAUCCAGGAUUUAAAAUUAUAGAGUGCAAACCUAAGAACAAAUUUUGAUGUCUUUUAUGUCCCCCCACCCCCAUUUUUUUUUUUUUAAAUUUUUUUUAUUUAUUUCAGGGGUCACAUGCUUGCGCCACUCCAUAAGUUUGUCUUUUUUUAUGUCUGUAACUUUUUUAAAGAUGAUACCAAUAUCCAUAAAAAAAUUUGAAUGGCUUUAAUAUAAUACUUUGGAGAUGAAAAAUGUUAUUAGUUUUAAGGUUCAUCAUUUAUUUAAAAUAAAUUACGUAAUAUCAUAGUGACAACAUAGAUAGCAUUUUCCAGGACUAUUCUUACAGUAGUACAUUUGUUUUGUUCCAAUAAUGUUGCUAUUGCUUGUUAUUUAAUUGUGGUUCAAAAUGUGAAAUAAACAAUUUGUGAAUCUGCAAUAAAA